AUGCUCUUACUCAAGGUGCUUCUCUCUUCAUCAAGAUGCUUCCUCUCUUCUUCAAAAGUAUUUCCUCUCUUAACAAAGUACUUCUCUUCAUCAAGGUGCUUCUCUCUUCAUCAAGAAUGCUUCCUCUCUCAUCAAGAUGCUUCCUCUCUCAUCAUGCAUCAUCAUCAGCUUCCUCUUCUCUCAAGUACUUCCUCUCUUCAUCAAAGUACUUCCUCUCUUGCUCAAGAUGCCUUCUAUUCAACAAGGUGCUUUCCUCUCUCAUCACAGUUCACGUCUCCUCCUCUUCAUCAAAGUGCUUCUCUCUUCAUCAAGAGAUGCUUCCUCUCUUCAAAUCAAAGUGCUUCCUCUCUUCAUCAAAUGCUUAACUCUCUUCAACAAAUACUUCCUCUCUUCAUCAGAUGCUUCCUCUCUUUCAACAAAGUGCUUCCUCUCUUGAUCAAGGUGCUUCCUCUCCUUGGCAUUCAAAUGCUUCCUCUCUUCAUCAAGAGUGCUUCCUCUCUUCUUCGCAACAAGCACUUCUCUAGUCAUAAGGUGCUUCCUCUCUUGAUCUGCUCUCUUAACAAGUUCCUCUCUCUUCAAAACUGCUUCUCUCUUCUUCAUCAAAAGUGCAUUUCCUCUCUUCAUCAAGGUGCUUCCUCUCUUCAUCAAGAUGCUUCCUCACUCGCAUCAUGCAUCCAUCAUGCAGUUCCUUCUUCAUCAAGGUCUCUUCCAUCUCUUCGUCAAAGUGCUUCCUCUCUUCUUCAAAUGAGCUUCUCUCUCAUCAUUGAUCAUGCUUCUCUCUUCAACAAAGUACUUCCUCUCUCUCAUCAUCAGCUUCCUCUCUUCAACAAAGUACUUCUUUUCUCAAGAUGCUUUCCUUCUUCAACAAUACUUCCUCUCUUCAUUAAGAUCUUCCUCUCUUCAUCAAGUAUUCCUCUCUUCAUCAAGAUGUCCUCUCAUUCAACUCCUCAUGCAUCUCAUACAUGCAUGCUUCCUCUCUUCACAAAGUGCUUCCUCUUCUUCAUCAAGCGUUGCUUCCUUCUUCAUCAAGAUGCCUCACUCCAACUCUUGAUCACAGGCAGCUUACCUCUCUUCAACAAAUGUACUCUCCUCUUCAUAGUCAGGUCUUCCUCUUUCUUCGAAAAUACUCCUUCUCUCACUUCAAGACCUCUCUCUGACAUACUAUGA